CGCGAAUCGGCGUUUACGCGCGACGAACGCCGUCGCUAAUAUAAGCUUCUAAUUUCAUAUCUUCAACAAAUUUCUUUCAGUAUUGUGCCAGUGUUUCUUGAAAGAAAAUAAAAAUGAAGAUUGUUUUCUUACUUUUGGCUCUCGUCCUGUGCGCUCGCUCUGAAGAUGCAAACGAAAAGGUUGAAACUCAGAACAAGGACAAAAGACAAACCGAGGAAGGCGCUCCGCACCUUGUUUAUAGAACAGCUAGAAAACAGGAACAAGUAGCGCCAGUUGAAGAAAAUCAAGAAGAAGAUAAGGGACCCAGAGGAGAUCCUCAAGAAUAUCGUCCAGGUCAGGUGUUUUCUUUAAAUGCCCAAGAACUAUUGGAGCUUCAACCGGAGAGAAAGGCACCGCUUUCAAGCAAUCAACAGUUGCAACAGCUCUAUCCCCAGCAAGACCAGAGACAAAAUGUACAACAGUUCUAUUAUUUGGAACCGCAAUUAAGUCGACAGGUACCACUUCAGCCAUCUCACGUCGUAAUUGCACGGCCAAACUAUUCUUCAAACGGAGGUGAAGCAUCAGUUGGUGCAGCACUGGCAGUUAGUGACACAUCUAACUCAGCUGAGUCAUUGGAUCGGGAAUUAUUAGCAUUAUUGGGUCAUCCAUUGAGACAAGAUGAUAUUCGUACUCAAAAUUUUGCUCAGAUUCAGCAAACACCACAACAACAAGCUCAUUUGCAGCCUCAAAGUGCACCUCAAUAUCAGCAGGUAGAUAUUCCGUAUGUUCCAAAACCGAGUAAAAAACCGACUAAACUUCGACCAAAAGUACACGUAGCGCCAACGCCAACUUCAGCGGCACCUCAACAAUAUCUCAUAGAAACAACAAACAUUCAUCAACAACAGCAACAACAACAGCAGCAACAAUUUAGACCUGUUGCUCAAAGCCAGAGAGUACCACAGACUCUUCGUUAUGUUGCUAUUCAAUCAGCUCCAACAGCUUUACAACAAACUUUAUAUGAACGUCCUGAGUCUCAAGGCCUUAAAAUAGUACCCGCGCCAAAACUCCAGCAACUGAAUCCACAAUACAACUACAGAAUUCAGUAUCAACAAGAAGCUUCACCUAAACAGUUUAGGAUUAUCGACUCACCUCGACCUCAGCCAAUCAGGCAGGAACAACCUCGACUUUUACCUUCGAACGAAAGACCAAUCACUUACUUAAAACGUUUUCCAGAGCCAGAGCAAUUAAGACCUAUUCCUAUUUCCGAACAAACAGCUCAUGAAGGUUCAUCAACUGUUCAGCGCCCUACUCAAAUUGCUGAUCAAUAUUAUAUCCGUCCCUUGUAUAGAUCAAAUGAACAAAGGUCAAGAUAUGAAUUAACACCUCUUGCUUUUAGACCUGUGGAACAAUCUAGGAGUACUGAAGCUGCAAAGGCACCCCUUUCAGCUAUAUAUGUUAGUAAAAACAUAGCUCCUAAAAAAGUAUUGAGACCACUUGUAAGAGUAGAUCAACCCUCAAAACUUGAGCAGUCACAGAGAGAACAAGCGUACAGAAUAGAACAACAACAACAACAUCAACAACAUCAACAUCAACAACAACAACAACAGCAGCAGCAGCAACAACAAUAUUUGGCGGCUGAACAAGCAAGCUUUGAGCAACAAGCUCAAAGCUUAGAAGAACAAAGAGCACGCUUGCCUCCACCCAGGAACAGUAAAGCGUAUACUCCUGAAGAGUUUUCUGCUUUGGUAGCAGCUGGAUACUCAGUUACCCCAAUACCAGUGGGUAGCUCGAGUGAACAAAUAGCCGAAUCGAGAUCAGCACCUGAAGCAAUAACAAUUCAACAAAGAAGGCCUCUCUACAGCAGACGCUACCAGUAUCUUCCUUUAAGUGGAGACGACGCACCAUAAGUAACUGAGAUAUGAUAAUGUACAUAAUAUUAGAAAUAAUUUUAUAGAUAUAAAACUCAAUACAACAAAAUUAUAAAAUAAAAAAAUGUUUUAUUUUCCAUUUCUCAUAAA